CAUCUCACUCACUCGCUCACUCGUUUCUGUGCAAGAACUUUUCACAUUUUUCAGUCGUUCACAAACUCACUGCCCGUAAAUGGCGGCAACCCACAACCUGUUAAUUGCAACUCCAAGCACAACCUGCUUGCAGAUUACCUCCUCUCGACACUCUCCGCUGAUUUCAGCAAACCACACAAACAAUAAUUUAUUUCUUUCAACAACUCAGUACAGUCACCUAAAUUCGAUUUCAAGAAGGCUUUUUCUGCCUUCAGUUUCAGUAUCUGGUCUCUUUGAUGCCUUAACCGGCGGCAAUUCUCCCCGCGAAGCCGCCAUCGCUAUUCGACGUGGAAUGCUUCUUUUCAGACAAGGUGACGUUCUGGGUUCGAUAGCGGAGUUUGACAAGGCUAUUGAGCUCGACCCUCGUCAGAAAGCAUAUCUUUGGCAGAGAGGGUUAUCACUGUACUAUGUGAAUAGAUUUGAAGAAGGUGCGGAACAAUUUAGAAUAGACGUUGCACAAAACCCAAAUGACACUGAGGAAUCAAUAUGGUGUUUCCUUUGUGAAGCUCAAUUAUAUGGUGUUGAUCAAGCAAGAACACGUUUUCUUCAGGUUGGCAGAGAUUCCCGACCCGUAAUGAGGGAAGCAUACCAAAUGUUUAAAGACGGUGGUGACCCGGAAAAGCUUGUUGCAGCCUUUUCAAAUGGAAGGGAGAACGAAUAUUUCUAUGCUUCACUAUAUGCUGGCCUAUAUUAUGAAUCUCAGAAAAAAUCUGAUGAAGCUAAACUUCACUUAAUCGCCGCAUGUAAAUCAGCUUACGGUUCAAGGUCGGAUGACUACAUGGCAUCGCUUGCCAAGGUACAUUGUGAUUGCCGCAACUGGAUAAUCAGUUGAAACUCUGAUAAGUAUAAAUAUCCGACUCCGGCAUUUUGAUUCAGCAUGCCCUUCUCAUUAUUUUUAUUAGUAGUUGCGAAAAUAAACCUAUUCAGGUAGCCUCAAACAUGAUUCUCUCCUUAUUAUAUUAUAUUGUUCGACACGUUUUAAAUAAUAUAUGGAUGUAAAACUGUUGUUCGUUUUUAGAUGUGAGUGAUUGGCCAUGUGGUAGAAAUGGAUCAAAUGAAGGACAGAACAAAAAUUGGAAGGGCUUACAAGCUAUGUAGAUGUAAAAUUAUUGUUCCUUCUUAGAGUAUUACAAAAAAAAUUAAAUUUA